AGAGUAGAUGCUAGCGCACAAUGUUUUCAACGGUAGCACGAUGCUUCCUCAGAAUAUCGCUCUCAAGUCGCGGAGAUGCAGGCAUAACUGUCCGAAAAGCAGGAUACAAAAGCCGCUACUCUUAUGACACGUUAUACCCAAAGAGUGAUUUUAAUGUCACUGAUACUCGGGAAUUGAGUAAAGAAUAUUAUCCCCCAAAGGAACCUUCUCAAGAAUUGCCCGAAACAGAGACCCAAGAAGAAUUUAAUGGGUAUAUUCCUGAAGGUAGUUUGGAAUUUAAGUAUACACUCAGUGGUGGACCUGGAGGACAACAUGUAAAUAAAGUGAACUCCAAAGUCCAAGCAAAGUUUCACAUCGAUAGUGCUGAUUGGAUACCAGCUUGGAUCCGACCACGGCUAAAAGAAAUGGAGAAAAGUAAUAUAACAAAGGAUGGUUAUCUGUUGGUCAGUUCUGACAAGACUAGGAAACAAUAUCUAAACAAGGCAGACUGUUUGGAAAGGAUAAGGAAGAUGAUUUGGACUGCAGGUGUACCUGAUCCACCUCCUCCAUCUGAAGCGGAGAUAAUGAAAAAGCUUAUAAAGCAGAUGAAAGCAAAUGAAGUCAGAAUUGCAGAAAAAAGAAGUCAAUCAUUAAAAAAGAGAAAUAAAGCAUCAGCAUCUGUAAGAUUUAUACAGAAGAAAGGAUUUUGAAACUAUGAACAUAAUGAACUAUACACUCUGAAGAAAAUCUGAAUAUGAUAAUUUUUUAAAUUACUGAAUUAAAUUAUAUUGUUAAGUUUCUGCAUAAGGGAAUGGACAAAGAAUGGUAUUCUUGAAAUAAAAGCAUUUAAGCUGGGUUGUUAGUCUGUGGACAGAAGAAAUGCCAUUUUUAUUUUCUAAUAUCUUUUUA